AUGAACAGGGGACAAAGAAAAAACCCUGAGGAGAAAGAAGACAAUAAAGAAAAACAAAUAAACGCAAAUAGGUAUAUUAAAAAGAAUAAAGAAAAACAAAUAAACGAUGAGGAAUCAUUAACAAAUGGGUUAAGUACACACAUAAGUAAGCUCCACACAACUAAAAAUGAACAAGUUUUCCACGUGAACAAACCUUUCUUGCCCUCACUGGACGGGAUAAAGAAUAAAAUAUUAAAUCCAAAUGACCUAUCCUAUAAUGAUAAAAAGAGAAUUACUUCUUAUCAUUCGGAUGAAGAGAUUAAAAAUAUGCACAAAAAGGCUAGCAGUUGUCCUAACUUGUUGAAAAAAAAUAAAAUAAUUUUUAAAAGGUCAGAAUCUUUUGCUGGUAUAUUAUUACAUAAAAAUGCAAAUGUUAGAGACCUAUCGAAGUUACCUUUUUCUAAUAACUUAAAUGAACACAAUAAUAAAAAUACAUCAAAAGAGAUUAAUAUUGUCUUUUCUGAAAAAUCGUUUACACAAAGUGAUAACACAUAUUCAGAAGACGAUAAUGAAACGUCUGAGGAAUCCUUAACAGAGUACGGAGAAAAAUUGUAA